AUGCACGGGACUGAUAUUUUAGCCUUGGCCCUUCGCAUCGGCCAAUUUGCUUUCAGUACCAUCGUCGUCGGUCUUACUAGCUCACAUCUUCACUCGGCCAGAGCUGAACCAUCAUGGUCUAAGAAACGAUUCAUCUACACCGAUGUUGUUGCUGCUUUAGGUCUAUUCUUCUGCUUGUUCUUCAUGUUGCCGUUCACUUGGAGCUUCAUUCAUUGGCCGAUCGAUUUCUUGAUGUUUGUUAUGUAUAUGAUUGCUUUUGGUUUACUUGUGGAUUUCAUCUCGCCCCUCAACUGCGGCAGUAUAUUCAACUGGUACGGCGUCUUCGGUUCUUCCGCUUGUGCGAGAUGGAAAUCAGAUGUCGCUUUUACAUUCCUGGCUUCAUUCUUCUUCCUCGGUUCUUUUCUCCUCGGAACAUACAUCCACCACCGCAACCGCCACACAAUCGUCACCGACCAACCGGCCAAUGGUCAACAAAGCAAUGGUCUCGGUGGUGCACGCAAGAGGUGGUAUCGAUCGCGUGCCGAUCCAUCGCACAUCUGA